AUGCGGCUGCCCAGCAUGUCAGGGAACUUUCUGCUCGCGCCCAUUCCGGAGGCCUCCUCGGACUGCCUACUGCCCAAGGACAUCAAACUGGCCGUGUUGGGCUCUGGCCGCGUGGGCAAGAGUGCAAUGAUCGUGCGCUUCCUGACCAAAAGAUUCAUUGGUGAUUAUGAACCCAAUACAGGCAAACUGUAUUCUCGGCUCGUCUUUGUGGAGGGAGACCAGCUGUCCCUGCAGAUCCAAGACACGCCUGGGAGCUUACAGGUGCAAGACAAUCUCAUCCAGGCGGUGGACUCUCUGUCCAGAUGUGUGCAGUGGGCAGAGGGCUUCCUGCUGGUCUACUCCAUCACUGACUACAACAGCUACCUGUCCAUCCGGCCUUUGUACCAGCACAUCCGGAAGGUCCACCCUGACGCCAAGGCCCCGGUCAUCAUCGUGGGCAACAAGGGGGACCUGCUGCACGCCCGGCAGGUGCAGACCCACGAUGGCAUUCAGCUGGCCAAUGAGCUAGGCAGCCUGUUCCUGGAAAUCUCCACCAGUGAGAACUAUGAGGAUGUCUGUGAUGUGUUUCAGCAUCUCUGCAAAGAAGUGAGCAAAAUGCAUAGCCUGGGCGCGGAGAGGAGGCGAGCCUCCAUAAUCCCACGGCCCCGCUCACCCAACAUGCAGGACCUGAAGAGGCGCUUUAAGCAGGCGCUGUCGUCCAAGGUCAAGUCUCCCUCUGCCUAG